AUGCCGCUGUCGCUAGCGCCGCCGUCGUCCAAUUACCCCAAGAUUUGGCUGCCGGUCCGCAUCGAGGCUCUGGGCAAGCAGCUUGGCCUGCCUCCCAUACAGCGCAAAGCCGGUCCCUCCAACGGACUUCGUCUCGAGGGCAAGGUCGCCAUCAUUACCGGCGCCAACUCGCCGCUGGGCAUCGGUCGUGCCACCGCACACCAGUACGCCGAGAGCGGUGCCAGGGCCAUCUACAUUUGCGACUUUGACGGCACUCACUUGGAGACUCACAAGAAGCAAAUUAACGCUGGCUACCCUUCCGUGGAUGUUCAUGUCCGCCAAUUCGAUGCUGGUGAUGAAGACAAGGUCAAGGCCGUCGUCGACGACGCGCUGGCCAAGUACAAGCGCUUGGACAUCUUCUUCGCCAACGCGGGCAUCAUCGGCAAGUAUGGCAUGUUUUCCGACUAUGAGGAAAAGGAUUUCAUGGAAGUUAUGAGAACAAACUCUUGGAGUGUCGUCGCUGCUGCCAAGCAUGCCGCUCCCGCCAUGCAGCAGACCUCGGCAGAGAAGCCCGAGCCGAACGGGAGCAUCAUUGCCACAGCUUCCGUCGCCGGCAUCCGGUCAAACGCGGGCACCACCCCGUACGCUGCCUCCAAAGCCGCCGUCAUCAACACCGCGCAGACAAUCGCGUACCAGCUCACCGGCACCAACAUCCGCAUCAACGCCAUUUGCCCAGGUAUCAUUGAGACGGGCAUGACGGCGCCCGUGUACGAAGCCGCGCGCUCGCGUGGCACCGAAAAAAAGAUUGGGCAGAUCAACCCUCUGAGGCGCGGUGCCCAUGCCGAUGAGGUGGCGCGUGUUGCCUUGUUCUUGGGGAGCGACGAAUCGAGCUACGUCAAUGGUCAGGCUUGGGCUGUAGACGGAGGGCUGAGUGCCGGUCAUCCAUAUGUCCUUGGAAAGAUGGCAUAG